GAGGAUUUAAAUUUAAACCGCCGGUGAGGGCAGUUUGGAGCAUCAACCGUCUUGCUGUAGGAGCAGCUCUGCUCUCCUGGUCCCGCAGAGAGCUCCCUUAGGAUCGCCGGAGCGACUCAAUCGAUGAUGAUUGCUUUCAAGCAAAAAAUGUUGAACUUGCUCAAGUGUUUCAGAAAACAAUGGCCUUUAUUUUCAAACUCUGAAAGGACAACUGUAUGUGGGGCAGACUGCAUGCUGAUGGCAUUACAGCUGUCAAUGGCUGAAGUCAAUAAACAGCACCAUGGAGAUUUCACAGUAUCACUUAGUGAUGUGUUGGAAACUUGGAAAUAUUUGUUACAUGACAAACUGGGAUUAUCAUAUGAAAACAUGAAAGAACCUGAAAAUUAUGCUGACCUAAAAAAAGCCUAUCAUGCCUUCUUAACAAGAAGCAAUAUGUUAGAUCUAAUAGACGUAUGUCAGAAGUGCCAUGGUCUUGGACUUCUAUCUGAAGAUGAAAGCAUAGCCCCUGUUCAGCUGCUGGAAUUUAUUUCUGGGGUAACGAAUGAACAAGAAAAUACUCGUUCUGUUCUUUCUACUCCUUCUACACCAGUCAACAGACAGGGCCAGGAAAAUGUGAAGGUGACAAUCCUGGCAAAGAAGUGUGUGUGUUCAUAUUUAAGUGUGUUGGUGAAUUCUAAGGAUGAUCUGGCAUUGGCUCAUAUUCUAAAUGUUCCUGACAGAGGACUUGGUAGAGAAGCGUUCACGAACCUAAAACAUGCCUCACAGAAGAAAGAAAUGUCCAUUUUCCUGAUGGCAACAUCUUUUAUCCGAACUGUAGAACUUGGAGGAAGAGGCUGUGCAUCUUCAUUAUUUGACCCUUUAAAAGUCCAUGUAAAGGGGCUUUCAAACUUUGUUAAUUUUAUUGACAAGUUGCAAGAAAUUGUUGGUGAAAUCUUAAAUCCAAGAAUUGCAGGGGGGCGAAUUCUGUCAACAGUGAAGAUGCAUUUGAUAAAAGGCCGAAGCAAUGGGGAUCCUUUCUGUCAGGCAGUAGAGGAAGCUGUACAAGAUUUGGAUUUGAAGAUUAAAAAUAUUAUCGAUUCACAACAUGAAGUCUUGACUGCCAGUACUACUGGAGCCAGUCCAGCACGGCCAAAAUUGCAUUCCAUAAAUCAUGGCACUGUGUAUUGUGGCAGAGAUACUAUAAAGGUCUUACUAGUUCUUCUGGAUGAAGAAGCUGUCAGUCCUCCUACCCAGAACAAAGCAGAACUAUUAUACGAUGAUGAAAGCUUUAAUUUGUUUGGAAUCACAUCAGUUUUGACACUCUUCAGAUCUCCAGCACAGUCCAAAGGAACUUCUCCAAAACCUCUUAGACAACGCAUUCAGAAAUCUGUGGAUGAAAAAAAAAAAAAGAUGAAGCAAUCUUCAAUCAAAUCUCAGUUUGCAUGUACAUAUAAAAACGACUUGAGUGGAAUAAAGGGUCAGCACUUCCUCAACUGCAUACAUCCUGCACCAAAGCAACAUUUAAAAGCUAGAUAUCUCACAGAAGGUAUGAAUUCAUGUCUUGAUGUACCAGUGCUUGGAACUAUUUCUGAAAAUGUUCACCAGACUAGAAGUUAUACAGAAAUGGGAAAGCUGAGUUGUCAGCCAAGAAACAAGAACUCCAAGAAUGAACAGAUGGAUCUGAAUAAUGACAAAGUAAUCUGUGAUAAGGAAAGUGAACCAUCUUUGCAAAGAAAUGCUAAAAGACCUAAGGCUUCAAACAACCUGCAGAAGGAAUUGGACAGCAAAAUAGGUGGAAAAAAAAGCCAUAGCAAAACUGCAAGCAAGAAUAAGUUGAUUGCUGGUCAGGCAAAAUUAACUCACUUUUUUCGACUGUAAGUUUUUCUUUUGACAUAUGUGGUCAGUUGACCGGUUCAGAAGUUGUAAAACUUUGAGAAAAGGGUGAAACUCAUUAAUUGCUUCCUUUCAUACUCAAAUAAAUACUCAAAGUAGCUUGUGCGUAAUAUUAGACAAAUACUUACAAGUCUGGAUUAUGCAGAAGUCUUUUAUUUUUUUAAUAACAAUAGAUCAUAAUAAUUACAGCUAUGUUCUUUUUUUGGUAAUGAAUUAUCUUUCCCUCUACAAUGUGAUGGGAAAGUAUUUUUGGAUGCGUAUAUAUAGACACACUAAAUAACAGUAUCUUCAAAUUACAUUAAAUACAUAAUAAAAUGUUUAAUCUUCAAAGAAGGUGGUGUAGAUCACUAGAUUUCAGACUUGCCAACAAGGUCGAUAGACUCUUCCCAGCAUACACCUGAGCACUACGGGGAAAAAGAAAUCUGAAAGUUUAAAUCAUCAAAGAACUGGAAUUCUUUAUGGUCUCUGGAAAUAUUAAUUUAACAAAUGCUUUCUCCCCUGCACACCAAAUCACAAUAGAUGUAAAUCGGAAAUGCAACAUUUUAUCAGUCUUAGGAAAUCCCAAACGUGACAUAGGGUUUCUAAAUGAACAUUUCUCAAAUUGCUAUAAAGACAUUGUAUUAUACUUUACCAGAAUGAAAUAAUUUUUGUGUAAAAAUGCAGAUAUACUUACUGUCAAAAUCCCUUCUUCCUAUGGGGAAUUUAGCUGAAUUUUCUUCAUCUGCAGUCUCUCUUUCCUGUAUUGAUUCAAUAUUUUGAAUUUCAGUGUCCGCUGGAAAAGCCAUGGCUCCCUUCAGUGCAAGAUAAGGUAGUUGCUUUCUACCCAAGUUGAUAGGCAUAAUAUGGUUUAAGAAAUUGUGUCUGGAACCUGUGUCCUGUUGUAAGGGAAAAAGAGUAGCUGUUUAUCAGUUGUGUUCACUUUUUAUACUUUAUACUUAGCAAUGACUGCAUGUAUUUUGUCUUUCAAGGUGAUAUUUUAAAAUGACCUGCAUUACCUCUUUGGGAAUUGGUUUUAUGGUGAAGAACAUGAUAAAAUAAUAAGUCUUGUUCGGUGAAGUUAAAACCCUGUUGCUGCGUAUAAGGAGAUGCUGAAUCAAACAUAAAUCCAGGCUU